AAAUGCAUUGAUAAUUGAAUAGAUUUAAAACUGCCAAACUGCACAGCAUCAUUCUUGAAGAUUUCACAUCUCGUGCAAUAUUUAAGGAGGAUGAAAGCAGCAAUGACAACGAAGAUUUUACUGUUGAUGCUUUUUGCUCUUCAUGCUCAGGUGUCUAAGGCAAACAGCAAAGAAAGUACCGACAGUUACAUGGAUGAAGUUGCGUCAGUUUACAUUCCAAGUGCAGUUGAGGGUUCGGGCCUCGAGCUUUAUGAAAUGCCAGACUUUUCUCACAACUUCCAGAACCGAUCCGAUGAUGGGACCAUGAUCAGGCACAAGAUAUCUUACCAUUCCGGAAAUCUGACUGGUCUUGAAAAGGUAAAGAGAAAAUCAUGUGAGCAGCCUUUCUAUUCCUCGGCAAACAUCACUUUCUCCUGUAUCUUGACUUUGCCAGAAAUUCUCGUAUCGUAUGAAGGGAGAGUGAUGAAGAUUACGUCUACAUCAACAUCAGCUAGAUUUCAAGAAUUUCCUUUUGGUGUUUCCGCAAGAUUUAUCGAUGUAGAGUUUGAAAUGACAGUGACUACAUCGCCUAACAGCAAAAUUUCAAGCGUAAAACAUUUAAAGAUUCAAAAUCAAGGAACGCCAUUCCUAAGUUUUAGCUCCACUGCAGAAAAUAUGUCUUAUGAAAUCCUAAGCAAGCAUUUUUUCCACAAGUAUCAAGAAAUUUUCCAAGAACUUUUUGAAAACGAUUACAGAGAUGCUUUGGAAACAGCUGUAAGCAGUGCUUCAUACCCAGUGGAAAGGGUUUAUUAACUAACCUAAUUUCUUUCUUGAUAAAGUUGUUCGAAUCUUCUUCCAAAUAAGUUCUCUUGACUCGACAAGAAGGAUAGUAAUUCAAUUAUUUUUUCCAGCCAACUAACUGUUAAUGACUCAGUAGCUAUAAUAUGAUUUAACCAUACUUUCUUUUGGAGUUGUCCCUUAAAAAAAAUAAAUAAUGUUGCUUUAAAAGUUUUUGAAAUAUUUAAUAAAUGAAGAAUAUUUUACGCAGCUGUGAGAUGUUGUUUUAUAAAAACCAGUUUGAAAAUACUCCCACUCACACAAAAAUCAAUAAGGGGAUGGAUAUGAAAUGUUUGAUUUGUUUUUAUGAAAUGAAGAUUUGAACUAAAAUUUCAAUUACAUGGUUCUAUUUAAAGUGUAAUAUGAAGAAAUUGUUAUUGAAAGCGAUAGAAGGGGAUAUUAAUCAAAUAUCUAUUUUUUAUCAUAUUUAUUUUAUGUUCAUACUUUAAAUUAGAUUCCAAACCUAACUGCUGAGUUAGUUGACGCAUUUCAAGUAAGUGCUUUAAAAAGUGACAUUGGAACAGUUGAAAAAAUUGUUUAUAGAUAAACUCUAAAAAUUACAUGAACUUUGUUGACCUAUUUUA